AUGUCUGGAAAAAGAAUAUCCAAAGAACUUAACGAUCUGUCUAAGGAACCUAUAAGUUCAUUCUCAGCAGGCCCCGUAGGCGACGAUCUCUACCAUUGGCAAGCAUCCAUCAUGGGGCCUCCAGACUCGCCAUAUGCAGGUGGUGUAUUCUUUCUGACCAUUAACUUCCCAACAGACUAUCCUUUCAAGCCACCAAAGAUCGCAUUCACCACAAAGAUAUAUCAUCCAAAUAUCAAUGCUAAUGGUAAUAUUUGUCUGGAUAUAUUGAAGGAUCAAUGGUCUCCUGCAUUGACGCUUUCGAAAGUCUUGCUGUCCAUCUGUUCAUUAUUGACGGAUGCGAAUCCGGAUGAUCCUUUGGUUCCAGAGAUUGCUCAUUUAUACAAGACCGAUAGAUCUAAAUAUGAAACUACCGCAAAGGAAUGGACUAAGAAAUAUGCUGUAUGA